GACACAAACUUUUGUUUCCUAUCGAUCUCUUUCUGUGUGUUUGUUUUUUUGCUGAAGCAGAAAGAGGUUUGCAAAUAAGGUUAAAGUAAACAAGGAAGCAGGGUGACUGACACAUGUUUCCAAUGAUUGUGAGCACAUGCUCUGUCAUUAGUUUUUCAGUCUGUCCUCUCACACUACAGAGGCAACAUGAGGCUGUGGGCUGUCCCGCUGCUCGCUCUGCUCGCUCAGACUUUCGCUGGAGAUGAGUCCUGUAUGGGUCGCUGUGAGAAUGGCUUUGACUCCCAGAGGAAGUGCCAGUGUGACUCGAUGUGCAAGUAUUACAGGAGCUGCUGCUCUGACUUCGAGGUCACCUGUGGCAUGAUGACUCGGGGAGACACGUUUGUGUUAGCUGAGGAUGAUGAUGGUGGUGAGCUGUUUGAAGGGACCACUCCAUCCUUCGGACGUUCAGCCCACGACCAGUCUAUCAAUCGUCAGCUUCCGCCCACACAACAGCCCAUCUCAGACUUUGAUCACAGGCCACAGCAACAUCCAGAAACCACACUAGAAAUGAACAAACCCCCUCGACUGAUGGAUACCAUACUUCAGAAUAUCCCUGUCACACAAAAAACAUCCAUUUCACAGACAGUCCAACCAACACAGAUGUUCCCCAGCACAACUGAACCCUCUCGGACUGAUACAGCCUCCACUGUUCCCAUCACAACAGCCACCACUGAAGCCCCCGACCCAGACGCUGUGGCCUGCAGUGGGAGGCCUUUUGACUCCUUCAUGCGGCUGAAGAAUGGCUCCAUAUAUGCCUUCAGAGGGGAGUACUUUUUUGAACUGGACCAGAAGUCAGUGCUUCCUGGUUAUCCAAAGCUCAUAAAGGACGUGUGGGGCAUCAGUGGGCCUAUUGAUGCUGCCUUCACCCGCAUCAACUGUCAAGGGAAGACUUAUAUCUUUAAGGGAAACAAGUACUGGAGGUUUGAUAACGGUGUGUUGGAUGAUGACUACCCUCGAGAUAUCAGCGUGGGCUUUGACAAAAUUCCUGAUCAUGUGGAUGCAGCUUUUGCUCUGCCUUCUCCUGGUCACAAUGGAAAAGAGAAGGUCUACUUUUUCAAAGGGGAUCAGUAUUACAUGUACGAGUUUUUGCACCAGCCGUCCCAUGAGGAAUGCAUCACCAUGUCUGAGAGGUCUCCAUCCACACUGUUCAGGCGCUACACUGACGUGUACAACAACAACUUUGAACGUGUUAUCAGCGAGCUCUUCUCUGACUUGCCUAAACAUCAUGACAAACACCACUUCAUUGAUAAGGACUGGAAGGGCCUCAAGUCUCCAGUGGAUGCUGUCAUGGCCGGCAGAAUGUACGUCCCUCCCCGGAGCGCCACGCAACGCCGCAACGACGACCAGCCUGACCAGCAGUGGGGUCAACAGCAGGGCCAGCAGUGGGGCCAGCAGUGGAACCAGCAGUAUGGACAGCAGUGGGGUCGUAGGAGGCAAAACCGUUCACCCUUCUGGGGAUCCAUGGCUGAGCGGGGGAUGAAUAUGGGCCAGGACUUUGCAGAGGCGGGGAUGGAAAUGGGUCUGAGGUUAGCAGAGAGGAGGAUGGAGAUGGAGGAGAGGCUCAGACGAGACUGGGACAGACGGUGGGAUCAAGACUGGGACCAGGACAGACGGAGAGAUGGUUACCGCCAGAACAACAGAGGCAACUAUGACUCCAGAGAUGACAGGUCAUACUGGGGGUCCAUCCAGAGGAGUCUGCCCAUACAGAGUGUCUACUUCUUUAAAGGAGCUACAUACUCCAGAGUGGACCUCAGGACCAAGAGAGUUGACCAUGCCACGCCUCCGUAUCCCAGGUCCAUCGCCAAGUACUGGCUCGGCUGUUCAGACACCACUGGGGCAGAAAAGUAGUUAUAGAGUUGUAUGACAUUUGUAUAACAGAUCAUUAAUUUUACCUGAAACAGGCAGUGUUGGCUGUUGAAUGUGUGACAAGCUUACUCAGUGUAACACAUAACUAACUGUUCUUCAACUUAAGCAAAUAUUGGAGAUCAAUGCAAGUCCACACACUGCUGCUCUUCACUUCAACAAGGCCGAAGUUCAACUGGUUGAUUUAGGUUAUCUCAUCUAUCUUCAACAUCAACUGCCCUACUUAAAUAAAUACAACUAUAAUGAAAAUAAGCUCAAAUGAGAAGCCAGAAGCUAUAUAUAUAUAUAUAUAUAUAUAUAUUUAAACUUUAAACCUUCUCAUUUCUGGGUUUUCUGUGUCAUAAAAAUCAAGCAGUUUGUUAAAUUUCAUCCAUUUAGAGACCGAAACAGACAGUUAUUAAGUCAAGUUUUCUUCAGGUGUCUACAAUUUUUUAUAAGCAUAUAUACAGUGAAUAACAAAAUAUUACACAGCGUUGAUACGACUUUUUAUCCAUCAAGGGGUCAUAAAAAAUGUGGGUUUAUAUGGUCAAACAGAUUUCCCCUCAAUGUGCAAUAACUGGGGUUUUACCCCACAGCAGCAUCAUGUAACUGCCACAGCAGAGGUCAGAGGGCAGUGAUAAGUGGGACUUUGACUGUAGGUCGUAGAUCUAGAAAACAUUCUUACAAUGUUUUCUAGAUCUGCUGACAAGUAUACGAGAGCAAAAUAUAACAAUGCACUAUAAUACACUGACAAAGCGACCGUGUUGAACUCUAAUGGUUUUUUGACAGAUGUUUAAACACCAUGUUGUGUCACUGAUUUAGUCACAUUUGAUUGCAACAGUCUGUUCUUGUAUUUUCAUUCAUGUAAAAAUAAAAACAUCAAGAACGUAGUUCACAAUGCUUUACAAACCACUAUGACAUUUUUGCAGAUGUUUACUCUCAUCUUCCAGAUACAAACCAGAUGUUCAUUAAAGACCAUUCUCCAGUCUUUGUGUCUGUUAACAGGCCCAGAUAUUACAGUACUUACAUGUAUAAAGGUAAUACAACAUGAAUCACUUGAGGAAAUAAAACCAAGUCUUGCU